GCGACUUGGGGGAAUUCACAGCUUGUUCCGCAGUGGCAAACCCGAAGGGUGUCCUGGUGUGACUACUGAAACACAAGGCAUCCUUUGACUUCAGUCAUCCUCAAUCCAACAGAGACUGGCUGGUUGGCUCACAGCAGUUUUGAUUUUGCUUCCUUGCGCCUCCCAAAUUGAGGAUGAUAUACGCGAUUGUCAUUUCGGCUUUGCUCAGCAGCACUGCUGCCAUUGAGUUCUCAGAGAAGAACUGGGACGCAGAAACGGCAGGGAAGAGUGUCUUCAUCAAAUUCUAUGCCCCGUGGUGCGGCCACUGCAAGAAACCGAAACCUGAUUGGGACAAACUGAUGGAUGAAAUCAACGGCGGUCCUGGAUCUCUCGUUGCAGAUGUGGUUUGCACCGGGGAGGGCCAGUCCUUGUGCCAAAAGCAUGGAGUCGGGGGAUACCCCACACUCAAGUAUGGCGAUCCUGGCGACUUGCAGGACUAUCAAGGUGGUCGAGACUUCAAGUCCUUAAAGAAGUUUGCAGACGAGAACCUGGGACCGUUGCAUUGCCGAGCGAAUCCAUCAGAUCAAGCUCGAGCUGGUCGUGCGUGAUGAUGGGGUUCUAGGAUUCUUGCGAGUUGAAGAGUCUGGAGUCUGGGAGUGCAGACUUGAGCUGUAGGACCUAUAGUUGGUCUUCUGGAUUUGAUCCAUGGGCUUCCAACCCAAACAUCUAGCUGCAGAAGGGGAUUUCUAGCAGCAGAAGGGGUUCAAGAACGAAAA